GGAGGAGCCUGGGCAGGGAAUGGUCUCGCUCCUGCUCGCUCUCCUCCUCCCCUCCUCGCUCGCUCGCCCCCCCUCCCCGGCCCUGGGAGCUCGCCGCUUAAGUGGCAGCGUUACCUUGUCGCGAUGUUGCAGGGCCGGGGCUGCAGCCGCGAUGGUAACAGUGUGGCCAGGCCGGGCAGCUAGCUUGCGACUCGCAGGCUCUGGCGACGGCGGCUCCUGCUGCUUUCUUCGGGGAUAUUUCCCUCUCCCGCCCGCGCCUCAGCAGAUGCUCCAGGAGUCCCUUUGCAAGCCUGCUCUGUCUCUUUAUGCGAAGGGACCUUCAUGGCUUUAGGAACGAGACGGGAAAAGGCGUGAAUAAAUAUCAAGCUCUGCCUUCCAGGACUGGAAAAAGCGUUUGACCUUUAAGGAUAAAAGCAGGAUAUUGCUGCAAAAGGAUUAUUAUUUUUUUUGGCUUGGUUCAAGACUUGGAAGAAUUGUGUAGUGUAUGUGUAUAUGUAUGUACAUACAUACAUAUAGAUUUGAAGUGUCAUACUUAACUUGCUAAACUAAGACUAUAAGCAACACACUUGGAAGCAAUGAAGAAGUUCUUUGACUCUCGCCGAGAGCAGGGGGGAUCUGGUGCUGGUUCUGGUACCAUUGGGGGAAGCAGCAGCAGCACCGGACCAGGCAGUGGAUAUAUAGGCCGGGUUUUCAAUAUCGGAAGGCAUCAGGUGACAGUUGAUGAGGUUCUAGCUGAAGGGGGGUUUGCUAUUGUAUUCCUGGUGAGGACCAGCAACGGGAUGAAAUGCGCUCUCAAACGGAUGUAUGUCAACAAUGAAUACGACUUGCAAGUCUGUAAGCGAGAGAUUCAGAUCAUGCGGGAUCUUGCUGGACACAAGAACAUUGUUGGAUAUAUAGAUUCCAGUAUAAACUCUGUGAGCAGUGGGGAUGUUUGGGAAGUUUUAAUUCUAAUGGAUUUUUGUCGAGGAGGUCAGGUUGUGAACCUGAUGAAUCAGCGCUUGCAGACGGGUUUUACAGAAAGUGAAGUUCUACAAAUCUUCUGUGAUACAUGUGAAGCCGUAGCCAGACUGCACCAAUGCAAACUGCCCAUAGUCCACAGGGAUUUGAAGGUGGAGAACAUCCUACUCCAUGAUCGUGGCCAUUAUGUUCUGUGUGAUUUUGGAAGUGCCACCAACAAAUUCCAGAAUCCUCAGCUUGAAGGAGUAAACGCGGUGGAAGAAGAGAUCAAAAAGUACACCACACUGUCCUACAGAGCACCUGAAAUGGUCAACCUUUACAGCGGCAAGUUGAUUACUACAAAAGCAGAUAUAUGGGCCCUGGGCUGCUUGCUGUACAAACUCUGCUAUUUCACUUUACCAUUUGGAGAGAGCCAGGUGGCAAUUUGUGAUGGGAACUUCACCAUUCCUGACAACUCUCGCUACUCCCAAGACAUGCACUGCCUCAUAAGGUAUAUGCUGGAGCCAGACCCCGACAAGAGACCAGAAAUUUACCAGGUCUCCUAUUUUGCAUUCAAGCUAGCUAAGAGGGAAUGUCCAAUCCAGAAUGUACAGAACUCCCCAAUCCCUGUCAAGCUUCCUGAGCCAGUGAAAGCAAGUGAAGCUGCUGCUAAGAAGACCCAGCCAAAAGCCAGGCUGACAGAUCCUAUUCCUACGACAGAAACAUCCAUCACUCCACGCCAAAGACCCAAAGCUGGGCAGACGCAACCUAAUCCAGGAAUUUUGCCCAUCCAGCCUGCCCUGACUCCUAGGAAAAGGCCCACAGCUCAAGCAAGUGUCCAGGCACAAGCUGCAGUGCCAGUGUCUUUGGCUAGCAGUCAGCCCUCGCUCCCUGCAGGUCUCCCACAGCCAAAAGCUCUGCCUCAGCCGACUCAACCUCAGCCGAAGCAGCCGGCCCCUGUACAGCCAGCUGCUGCCGCCGCCUGCCAACCACAGGUCCCUUCAACUCAGCCACAAGCCACUCCUCAGCACCAGCUCUUUUUGAAACAGCAGCAGCAGCAGCAACAACAGGCUACGUUCUAUCAGCACCCGCCAGCAGCCCAGCAGCCAGUACAAGCUCCACAGGUGAGGCUUCAGCCACAAGCACCUCAGCAGCCAGUGAAACCACAGUUCCCAGUGGUGCAGCAGGGAGUGGUCACAACAGCGCAACAGCAGCCAGUGCAGAACUACAUCCAGCAACAGCAGCAGCUACUGACCCAGCAGGCCACCAUACAGCAGAAGACAGCUGUAGCAGCAGCAGCUGUGCAGCAGAAGCAACCAACUCAGAUCCUGCCACAGGCACAGCAGGCUGUGACACAGCCAGCCUCUACGCAGGAUCACCCACAAGCACCUCCGCGUCAACAAAAGCCCCCAACUACCCCUCCCUCGGCAGUUCAAGGGCAGAAGGUGGGCUCCCUCACUCCCCCUUCAUCCCCCAAGACACAGCGAGCUGGACACAGGAGGAUUCUGAGUGAUGUGACUCACAGUGCUGUCUUUGGAGUCCCCGCAAGCAAAUCGACUCAGCUUCUCCAGGCUGCGGCAGCUGAGGCCAGCCUCAACAAAUCCAAGUCUGCUUCGACUACACCUUCUGGUUCCCCCAGAACCUCUCAACAAAAUGUCUACAACCCUCCAGAUGUCUCCACCUGGAAUCCCUUUGAUGAUGACAACUUUUCCAAGCUCACAGCAGAGGAACUAUUGAACAAGGAUUUUGCAAAACUAAGUGAUGGUAAACUUCCAGAGAAGCUCUGCAGCUCCACAGAGAACCUGAUACCAGGUUUUCAGCCAGCACCCUCCACAACGCAAGCAGAUGCAUUUGGGUCAUCAGCUCUUGCAUCCGUACCAGCUGAAAAAACAAAAGAUAUUCUGGACUCUAGCCCACCACUUCUGGCUGUUCCUGAUCCUUUCAUUCCUCUUCCACUAUCAGAUACACCAGAAAAACUGAUUGAGGGUCUCAAAUCUCCUGAACCUGCACUUCUGCUCCCUGAUAUCCUGCCUCUUGCAGAUCCCUUUGGUAGCACCUCUGAUGCUGUGAAUGGACAAGCUGACCUAACUGUUGACAGUCUCAUACCAGGUCUUGAGGCACCCAUUCCCCAGUGUGUAUCAUCGCAGACUGAUACUAUGGCUGCAAACAGAGCAGAUUCUGUCACUGGGGAGGACUCCCUGCUUGACUGCUCUCUGCUUUCUAACCCUGCUGCUGACCUUCUGGAUGAGUUUGCUCCUUUAGCCAUUUCAUCCCAAGCUCACAAAGAAGAUACUAACCUGAUUUCGGGCUUUGAUCUCCCAGAGGGCUCUGAAAAAGUGACAGAAGAUGAGUUUGACCCCAUCCCUGUGUUGAUAUCCAAAAAUUCACAAGGUCCGCAAGGGGAGUCAACUGUAUACUUUGUGGUAAAAGCUGACCAAGGUCAUGAGUGUUCCGCUACUGGCUGCCUCCCUUUGAACAAAAAGCAGCCGCUGAUACUGGAAGCAGACAACCAACAUGGAGGGGAAUCUGACUAUCUGGCAAGAGAUGGCCCAUCAAGCAAUGGCUCUUUUCACAGCAGUGAGGGGGAAGGGACAGACCAUGAGGGAGAUAUAUUGGAUUGUAGUGGGUCCAGGCCUCUGCUAAUGGACUCUGAAGAGGAAGAGGAGAGUGGAAAAAUGAAUCCAGCUCAGGAAGGAGCCAAAGUUUCCCAGGAAGUCUUGAACCAACCAUCUUCCCAGAGUGGAAUGGGGCAGAUUCUACACAACACUUUCAAAAACCACCCUGCAGAAAUAUCUGAUGAAGGCGAUGUCUUUGCCACAGCGCCUUUCCGAAGCUCCAGAACUUUCCAUGAUGACCUGGACAUCUUCGCCAAAGCACCCUUUGUCUCCAAAAGCAAUGUAGUUGAUGAGGGUGAUGUGUUCCUUCGGGCCCCAUUCACGAAAAAGAAAAACCAGGAAGAGAUGCCAUCAGGCAGUGCUAAGGAAUCUCCUGCUGUAGCAGCUUUCUUGGGUUUAACUGGAGGUGGCCAGUAUGUUCUUAAUCCUUCAUUCCAGAACCUGGAUACAGGAAUGCACAGUUCACCUCUUCCUCCAUAUCCUCUGGCCCCGUCUCAGUCAUCCAUUGCUCCACCUCAUUCUCCACAGGCAGGGGAAGGCCAAGACUCCAUUCCUCCCAAGGAUGCACCAAAAGAAUUGGGUAGUGUUCCUAAUGAUGCGCUGCAAGGACACACACUUCCCCAUGAAGGCCUCUUGGGCUCAAAGGCCAGCAAGCCCUUCCACCCACAGUCAUUGGCAAAAUACUCCCGUCACUACAGUCCAGAAGGCAGUCUGUGCACGGAAGCUCAACCUAUAGCAGCUUACAAAGUGGUAUCUCAGACCAAUAAGCAAGCCAUAGCUGGGUCCGUUUCCAUAGCCUCUCUUUCUUACAGAACUAAAGAGCUGCCCAGCACUGACCCAUUUGCAUCAGCACCCUUUCCUUCCAAACUGGGGAAACAGAAACCUUAAGCAGUUUCCACUGUGACAGACUUACAUGGCUUCAGAUACGUUGCUCUUUAAUUUAUAAGCCCUUAGACAGAAUAACACUCCAAAACUAUUAUAAUAAAC